UCCGGGGUGUUGGUACUCUAAUGGCGUCUCUUUCGAAGUCGGAAGAGGCGAGUCGAGAGCGCACCGAAAAUAUCCUGCAAAUUCCAGACUUAAAACCAAUCCGUUCGUAAUUUUUCCUCCAGACUGACGCCCCUCCGCGGACGGUUUUGUCCGGACAUCUGUUCCUUUGGAAGGAGGGGAGCUGGGUCGGUUGGAUUUCAACUCCUACGUUGGCGGAAAAUUUGAGUUGGUGACUUGUGUGUUGGUCCCCUGUGGUGUGUGGUGUGGGAGGGUACGUUGUGGUGGCAUGGCCGCCAAGGUGAAAAUUGAGAAGCCAGCCAUGGAGGUGACGGCUGCACGCAGUCGGCUGGACGGCAUCCUACAGCACAUGGUGGAACAGAGAGAGGAUGGAGCUGGAGAUGAUGGAGACAAAGAUGAGUCUUCUGGGGAAAACAAAGAGGUAUCUCCAUCAGCUGGAAGCUCAGGCAAAAGAGGAGGGGGAGGUGGGAAGUCCUCCAGGAAGAGGAGAAAGAAGGAUUUGUCCUCAGACCUAAACAGUGACUCAGCACACUUCCCACAACAUACAUACAUCAUGAAGCUGUUUGAUCGUAGUGUGGACCUGGCCCAGUUUGAGGAGAGCACCCCUCUCUAUCCCAUCUGUCGGGCAUGGAUGCAGAACCAGCCUCACCGGCGUGUCAAGGUAGAGCCGGACUCCUCACCUCAGCCUCUACCAGCGGAGCCUACACCGGGCACCAGUAGUGAGGAGGGUGAAGAUCCAGACAAGCCCAAGGAAUACUACAGCCUUCCCGCUCCUGCACCUGGACAGGAAGAAACCACUACAGACGGGGAGGUGCAGGACAGGAGAGUGCCUUCACCAGUACCACAGCCUGAUGAAGAGCUGAACAUCCAUGCUGAUCAGGAACAGGCGCCGAUACAAGAAACUCUGUUGAGCAAUCAUCUGCAGAGGUGGAAAAAAGUCAGACAAAAGUGGAAGGAGACAUCAGGGUUGAACCAGGCACGAUAUGCAGAAAGCAUGACCAUACUCAAAAACAUGUACGACAGGACAGUCAGAUGAAGGAGAGGGGAGAUAAUUGUUCAAAUGCUUGUCUG